UGAAGGGAAGGCGGGCAACCUCAGUCGGCCGCGGCGACCUUCCUCCUGACACUGGAAAAAUACCGCUGCAAGCAGCAGGGGAAAAAAAAAGCCCUGAAAACAGAGGCGCCAAGACCCGGAUUAAAUUUCCGAUUCUACAGAAGAAGUGAAAGUCUACUGCUACACAUACAUACAGCCAGCUUGGGACACGCAGAAGGCGGUGGAGUGAGCGACCUGGAAAGCACCAGGGUGGCCCGAAGAUGAGCACCGAAGAACCCACGCUCCAAAGACGAGCGUCAUCGCGCAAAUCGGUUGCUUUCACAGAGGAGAAGCUGGUAGUAGACGCCGACGGCAGCGUAACCAUGGUUGCCACACCGAACGACGAGACCAAAGAAACGGCCUUGUCGCACACACCUCGUACGCCGCCUCUCACCGCCGCGCUCGGGGCGUUUACUGACGCCUCUUCAGCACCGGCCGACGGUGCGGCAGAAGGUGCAGCUCCGGCUGCCGACUCCAAUCCGGAUGGCCUCGAUCUCUCGCUCAUGAAGAAGAAGAAGAAGAAGGUCAAGAAAGAUGAUGACGAAGCCGCUGACGGCGCCGCUGCGGCUGGCGGCGAGGAGGCGAUCGACCUGUCGAUGAAGAAGAAAAAGAAGAAGAAGGUUCCCAAGGAGGAGGACGAGUUCGCCAAGAAGCUCGAGGCCCUCAACCUCGAUGGUGGCGAAGGUGCCGAGGCCCCUGCUGAGGAGGGUGUGCAAGAGGGAGACAUGGAGAAGGGGACGGGCAUCUGGGCGCAUGACGAGACGCGGACCAUCGCCUAUGAUCCGCUGCUGUCUCGCUUCUUUGCCCUUCUGGCGCAAAAGAACCCCGAUCACGCCUUGACCGGCACACGCUCCUACAAGAUCCCGCCGCCGCAGUGUCUCCGCGAAGGGAACAAGAAGACCAUCUUUGCAAACCUGCCUGAGAUCUGCAAGCGCAUGAAGCGAGCGGAGGAGCACGUCACUGCCUACUUGUUUGCCGAGUUGGGUACUAGCGGCAGUGUGGACGGCAGCAGGCGGCUGGUCAUCAAGGGCAGGUUCCAACAAAAGCAGAUCGAGAACGUGCUGCGCACGUACAUCAUCGAAUACGUGACAUGCAAGACAUGCCGGUCUCCCAACACGGAACUGUCCAAGGGAGAGAACCGUCUCUAUUUCAUCACCUGCAACUCGUGCGGUUCUCGUCGUUCCGUCCAGGCUAUCAAGACUGGUUUCUCUGCCCAGGUCGGAAAGAGAAAGAAGAUGAAGGCCUAAAUUCUCUCCCUGCUUAUGGGCCUUCCUCUCUUUUGAUGUUACUUUUCUGGUAGGAUCCUGUCUGCUCUUUUUAGAGGGUGGGUUCCACAGCACUGUUGGGGUCAUUUUAGCCUUUCUUGCAAAAUCUUGGUUCUCGGUGGCAGGCCCUGGAACACGAUCGCGUGACGAUGUGACGACGGGCUCAUUUGGGAUCUGGGACGGUAGACCGGUUAUCUGGUAUGCUGCAGAACGGCCGGGCAUGAGAUUCAUCGCAAUGGUGAGCAUCUGGGAGCGGAAAAGGAGGCAAAGCAUUGUUUCUUGGGUGCGCAUGACUGAGCAGGACAAGGACAAAUUGCAGCAGGUAGUUGCUACGUCUUGACAAAACUGUAACGUCGGACCAGAUUGGCAAGCGGAAUGCAACAAGUACCCAGCGGUCAAUGGUCAUUACAUUCGAGCUGAUUUGGCGCUGUCUGUUGAAUGUGAUCGUAUUCCGUACUGAUUGUGAGGCAAGGUGGGGGGUGUUCCAGAGCUCCAUCAUCCCCAUACUGAAUCAAUCAACCCAC